AUGGUUUCGCUCCUGGACCCUUCCAUGUUGUGUCUGGUGCGACGCAAGUGUAAACGCAGAAGAAAAAAGAGGUCCGAGCGCAAAGUGGAUUUACCGGAGUGUGGCUUUAAUCUAGUCGGAGCAGCGCGAAGCCGGCGUGCUCCACGGUUUCAUAUCCCUUUCAAAUUCUCUCUGCUUCAGUCUGGGUUAGUUCAUGGACUAGCUUUCUGGUUCGACAUGGCCUUUAAAGGAUCAAAAGCAACUGUUUGGUUAUCUACAGCUCCCACAGAACCCGUAACCAGGUGGUCUCAGGUCCGCUGCUUGUUCCACACUCCACUCUUUGCUAAAAUGGGGCAAACUUUGACUGGGACUGUCCAUUUGAUUUCUAAAAACAGGGAAAGUUAUGACAUCCACAUCUCAGCAACCAUUGAUCAAUCAGGAUUCUCUUCAGGAAACAUUCUGGAGCUUAAAACCCCGUUUUUCAGUUAA